AGACGAGACUAACACGGUAUUUUCAGAUUUCCGAGUCCUCCGCAAUUCUUGACAGGUUUCCCAGCUUCUGCAACACCUAAAUUUUCGAUCGGACAAGGUGCUGAGAAUUCAGAGGAUUUCUGGUUUUGGAAGUUAUGGCGGAGGAGAAGGACGCGACGUCGGUGCCGCUGAGUCAAAUUAGUCGCCAAGAGCAAGAAGAUGAAGAGCGACCAGAUCCCGAAGAUCCAUUGAAAUCUACUCCAUCUUCUCCCGAUUCUUCUACUCGUACGGCGUGCUGUUUUUUCCUUCAAAGUUGGGUUUCUAAGAAGUUCAUGACUGGAUGUGUAGUUCUGUUCCCAGUUGCUGUUACAUUUUUCGUGACUUGGUGGUUCGUUCAGUUUGUUGAUGGAUUCUUUAGUCCUCUGUAUGAUCGGCUGGGAAUUGACAUAUUUGGGCUUGGGUUUGUGACGUCAUUGCUUUUCGUAUUCCUUGUUGGUGUCUUUGUUUCCUCAUGGUUGGGUGCUACAGUUUUCUGGCUUGGGGAAUGGUUUAUAAAGCGAAUGCCAUUUGUUAGUUAUAUUUACUCCGCCUCCAAGCAAAUAAGCUCUGCAGUUUCACCUGACCAAAACAACACUGCAUUCAAGGAAGUAGCAAUUAUUCGACACCCUCGUGUGGGUGAGUACGCAUUUGGCUUUAUCACUUCGUCAGUUAUACUUCAGAGAGACGACGGAGAUGAAGAACUAUGCAGUGUAUUUGUUCCCACAAAUCACUUGUAUAUUGGCGAUAUAUUCCUAGUUAAUUCCAACGACAUUAUAAGGCCCAAUCUAUCCAUUCGGGAAGGGAUAGAAAUAAUAGUUUCUGGAGGCAUGACGAUGCCGCAGAAGAUCACACCUAUCGCUCCUGUGGAUAGAGUUAUUCGACAAGGCGACAGAGUUUCACUCAGCAGACUAAUGUAAGGUCGAAUGCUCGAUACUCUGAUACUGUAUUGUGUCGAUGGGAUUCGGCAUCGAAAAAAGCAGAAUAGAGGUAAACAUAGAGGUGCCUUUACUGUCAUGUUUUUUGUGUUCCUUAUGAUUGAUAUGUACAAAGAAACAAAUUGCAGAUGAUGAUGAUGAUGAUGAUGAUGAGAUGAGAUGUUCUUUUA